GAGCUCGGGUUCGAGGGUCUUGACCGAUUUGCCGACAGGCAUUUUGACAAAACCUACGACCGUCUACCAGCGAUUCCGAGGACAGCGAAGCAGAAGCGCAAAUUGGAACAACGACAGCGGGAGUAUCUGCAGAAGACCCACGGUCAAGCACCACAAGACGGGCCGUACCCGCCGCGAAAUCACCCUGAAAACCAGCCUGGAAACCACCCUGACAAGGGGUACACGUCUCGCUCCACUGCACCAGAAAGCGCAAACGGCUACAAUUCCGACCCAGAGAUGUACGCGCCAGAUUCCCGGCAGGACCGCUAUGGGCGAGACGACCGAUAUCGUGAGCCCGAGCAGAACGGCUACACUGCACCAGGGCCAGGAUUCAAAGUCCCACGCGGCCGCGACGGACCGGGUGAUACACGCGGCAUGCAGGUAGCAGUGCGCCUAGUCCAACGACAUGCAAAUUCCAAGCUAACGUGUAACAGCCAUAUGAGCAACAAGCCCAGUCUGAAUACG